AAAAUAAAACCAUAGAGACUCGGGUAUCUGUGAUAGAGGAAAAAAUUGAACCAACCGUCCACAUUCCUACUAACAUAGAAAACCUUGAGUCAGAUGGUGAGCCACAUAAUACAACUACUGAUGAUAGUAUCCCAAAUGCUGAUAGGAAAAAUGAUGAAAAUGAAGACUCUCAAAAUGGUGAGAAAACAAUUUUGGGUAAUGAUGUGGAAGAUGGAAGGAAUGAUCAAAAUGUAGAGGAAGAUAUUGAAAAUGUAAAUAAUGAGAAAGUGAUUACAGACAAAGGAGAAAGUAACAAUGACAAUUCAAAUGACAGUGAGAAGUCAGAAAAUAAUGAAAAAGCAAGUCAAGAAAGCGAUGAGCAAAACAAAGAACAAAGUAGAACAGAUGAAGAAACUGACAAAACAAAUGAAAAAAAUGACCAAAACACAAACGUAGGAAUUGAUGACAAAACAAAUGAGAAAAAUGAUGGCACAGAAAAACAAAAUGAAAUAGAUGAAAAAACAGACAAAGAAAAUGAUGGUGAAAAGGCAGACAAAGAGGCCAAUGACAAACCAAAUGAAGAGAUUAGUGGAAAAAUCAAGGAUUCUGAUCACACAACAGAAACUGGUAAAUUCUAUAAUUUAAAAAAGCUUUGCCUGCUUCAUGGUACAAUGAAUUAUCACUGCAAUUUCACUCAAUUGAGACUUUUAUUUUACAAUCAUCUUAAGCUUGCUUUAGGGACAGAUAAUCACAAGAGAUUAUACAAGAAGCUUUUACAUAAUCUUAACUUUUAUGACCACUUACAUAGCUUUUACCCUUAAGGCUAAAAACAACAAUCUAUUGCUUUGCAAAAUUGAUUACUUAAAAAAUCUGUCUAUUUGAAAAUAGUAUGAUUAAAGAGUUGUUGAUCUCAGUAGUAUUAAAUACUGGUAC